AUGCUGAGAAAUUUUCUAGUGAGAAGCGCUAGUAGCCAUUUGAAAUUUGGUGAACGAUAUGUGAAGUCAUCAGCUUUUUUGGGAUGUUAUAAAAGAAGAGUCAACUACUAUUCCACCAAAGUACAAAGCAGACUUACUAGUCAGAACUACCCAAAUAUACAUAGAGACCCUAGGUUCAAGAGAUUGACAUCCGAUGAUUUAAACUAUUUUAAAUCUAUUUUAUCAGAGCAAGAAAUAUUACAAGCCAACGAAUUAGAAGAUCUCUCAUUCUAUAAUGAGGAUUGGAUGAGGAAAUAUAAAGGCCAAUCAAAGUUAGUCUUAAAACCCAAGUCUGUGGAAAAAGUUUCUCUGAUCUUGAAUUAUUGUAACGAUGAAAAGAUUGCGGUUGUACCACAAGGCGGUAACACUGGUUUGGUUGGUGGUUCGGUCCCCAUUUUUGAUGAAUUAAUUCUCUCAUUGGCUAAUUUGAACAAAAUAAGAAAUUUUGAUCCUGUUUCGGGUAUCUUAAAGUGUGAUGCUGGCGUGAUUCUAGAGAACGCCAACAAUUACGUAAUGGAACAGAAUUACAUGUUCCCAUUGGAUUUAGGAGCUAAAGGCUCUUGUCAUGUUGGUGGUGUGGUUGCGACUAAUGCUGGAGGACUGAGAUUAUUACGUUACGGUUCACUACAUGGAAGUGUGCUAGGAUUAGAGGUGGUUAUGCCUAAUGGACAAAUUGUUAAUAGCAUGCAUUCCAUGAGAAAAGACAAUACCGGCUAUGACCUAAAACAGCUGUUCAUUGGCUCAGAAGGCACUAUCGGCAUCAUUACUGGUGUUUCAAUCUUGACUGUUCCUAAACCAAAAGCAUUCAAUGUGUCUUACUUGUCUGUUGAGAGUUUUGAGGAUGUUCAAAAAGUUUUUGUUAGGGCCAGACAAGAACUAUCUGAGAUCUUGUCCGCUUUUGAAUUUAUGGAUUCUCGAUCUCAAACAUUAGCCAAAAGCCAACUGAAAGACGCUGCUUUUCCCUUGGAAAGCGACCAUCCAUUUUAUAUUCUUAUUGAGACGUCCGGGUCAAAUAAGGAUCACGAUGACUCCAAGCUUGAAACAUUCUUGGAAAAGGUCAUGGAAGAAGGUAUAGUUACAGAUGGUGUGGUAGCGCAAGACGAAACCGAAUUGCAAAAUUUAUGGAAAUGGAGAGAAAUGAUUCCAGAGGCAAGCCAAGCUAACGGUGGUGUUUAUAAAUACGAUGUUUCCUUACCAUUAAAGGACUUAUAUUCUCUGGUUGAAGCUACCAAUAACAAACUCUCCGAAGCUGGUUUAAUUGGUGAAUCACCAAAACCCGUUGUGGGCGCCAUUGGAUAUGGACAUGUGGGUGAUGGUAACUUACAUUUGAAUGUUGCCGUUAGGGAAUACAGCAAGGACAUUGAAAACGCUUUAGAGCCAUUUGUUUAUGAAUUUGUUUCAUCAAAACAUGGUUCCGUUAGUGCCGAACAUGGAUUGGGUUUCCAAAAGAAAAAUUACAUUGGCUAUUCUAAAAGUUCCGAAGAAAUCAAAAUGAUAAAGGACUUGAAGGCACAUUACGAUCCUAAUGCAAUUCUAAACCCUUACAAGUACGUUUAA